AACUUCUAAUUUACAGUCAUGUACGAUUACGAAAAAUCUAAAAAAUCCACAAAAGAGGAUGAUGACUAUGAUCAUUCAAAUGGACACAAACUUUCUGGAGUCUCUAGUGCCGUUUUUAAUCUAGCUACGACGGUUAUUGGGGCUGGAAUCAUGGCACUUCCAGCCACAUUGAAAGUUCUUGGGUUAAUUAUUGGAGUUGCUACAAUAAUACUAAUGGGUAUCAUAACCGAAGUUAGUAUGGAAAUGCUGAUUAGAUACUCUGCCCAUUGUAAUGCCAAAUCGUACGGAGAGGUUGUGCAACAUGUUUUAGGUACACCAGGCAGGAUUAUAAGUGAAAUUUUUAUAGUUUUGAACAAUGCCGGUAUCUUGGUGGUUUACAUGAUUAUUAUAGGUGAUGUUAUGUCGGGUACUGGUGAUCACAUUGGUGUUUUGGAUCAAUGGUUUGGUAAAGGGAUUUGGGAUGAAAGACGACUAGUAAUGUUAAUCGUAUUAGUCCUUUGUCUUGCCCCACUUUGUGCAUUGGACCGAAUUGAAUCACUGAGUAUUUCUUCGGCCGUUUCUGUAGCUCUUGCUGUUCUUUUCGUGAUGGUAACUAUUGCCGUCGCGUCUGUUAUGUUAAUUAAAGGUAGAAUUGAUUUUCCUAGACUAUUACCCGAUAUUAGUACAGAAAAAGCAAUUCUUGAUAUUCUAGUUGUCAUCCCAAUCAUGUCGAACGCAUAUGUUUGUCACUUCAAUAUUCAACCGAUUUACAAUGAAUUAAAAAAUCCUUCACCAAAGAAAAUGAACAAAGUUGGGAGGAUCACGACUUUUAUAUGUGUUACGGUGUAUUGGCUAACCGCGGUAUCAGGCUAUCUUUUAUUUGGGGAGAAGACUGAGUCCGACGUGCUUACAAAUUUUGAUAAGCCUCUUGGGAUUCGUUAUAGUACCGGUUUGAACUACAUUAUUCGUGUGGGUUAUCUUCUCCAUUUGUUUCUCGUGUUCCCCGUGAUUCAUUUCUCGUUAAGGCAGAACAUUGAUGCAUUGGCUUUUAAAGGAUGGGACCCGCUAACCAAGAGCAAGAAGAGGUGCUUAUUGUUAACAUUUGUGAUUUUGACACUUGUGUACUUAGCAGCAACCCUGAUCCCGAGUAUAUGGAUCGCGUUUAAGUUUACGGGUUCAACCACAGCUGUCUCACUUGGGUUCACUUUCCCGGCUCUUAUAGCGCUACGGUUGCACCACACUGGAUCAAUUAGUCUUACGAGUCGAGAGAAGUUGUUGGCAUGGAUGAUGUUGAUUCUAGCCAUCAUGGUUAGCAUUGUUGGAGUGAUUGCCAACAUAUAUAGUUUGCAUAGCGGUUCAAGUGAAUGAUUUUUUGAAGUUUAUAUUUGGUGGUG